GUGUUCGUUCCCCUGAAACCGAACGACCGUUUUCACCCGCGUACGCAGCUUCAGCUCGCCUGACCGAGCAGGCAUCCAGAGCCACGCUGGGGCCAACGGGGCGCCUGCGCCUCAGGCCACCUGGCAGCCCCAGGCCUCGGCGAGCCGCUGCAGGGAGGCGGCCGUCACCCUGAGCCGGCCAGGAUUCUCGGCGUCCACGGCGACGUCGAGCCCAAGCUCGUCCCGCAGGGCCUCGAUGAGGACGGGCUGCAGCGACGAGCGCCCUAGAUUGCCCCGCACCUCCCCGCGCCCGGUCACGACCACGAGGUCCUCCCGGCAGUCGUCCGCGUGCAGCAGGCGGCGCAGGAGCACGUCGUACGUGGCCACCUCGGCCACCUCGCGCGAGAAGCUGUGGAAGUCCAUCACGCCCGCCUCCCGCGCGUGCCAAGGCCACAGCAGCCCGCCCUGGAGCGCCUCGCGGUAGAGGGCCAGGGCCUCGGCAGCACGGCCAGCGCCCAGAACCAGCUCCACCACGAGCGUGCCAGCCUCGCGGCUCUGGCUCCGCCCUGGCUCCGCCGGCGACAGCUGCCGAGUCCGCUCGAGCAGCUCCAGCGCCGGCUGCCAGUGCCGACCCACCGACCACGCGCUCAUGGCGGUGAGGUACGCGAUGAGGUUCGGCUGCGCCCUGGCGUCCACCAUCCCGUCGAGCAGCCGAAGCGCCACGGUCCACCGACGGGAGCGCUCGCACGCGCUCAUCGCAGUGCUGUAGGAGACGACGUCGGGCCUCUGCUGGACAGCGCCCAUCUCGGCCAGGAGGGAGAGCGACUCGCCCCACAGCUGGGCCUUCUGGCAGGCGCGCAGGGCGGCGUUGUACGAGACGACGUUGGGAUCGAUCUCCCGGCUCCUCAUCGCUGGCAGCAGCCACAGCGCCUGCGCCCACUCGUGGCCGCCCGCGCAGGCGCUGAUGGCGGCGUUGUGGGAGACGACGUCGGGGAACACCGCUGUGCUCUCGGCCUCCUGCAGCAGCGCGAGGGACAUCUGCCACUGAUGGCCCUUCUCGCAGGCGCUAAUCGUGGCGUUGAAAGCCACCACGUCGGGCUUCAGCGCGAAGGUGCGGAUGUCGCGGAACGUCUGCAGCGCCUGCGCCCACUGCUGGCCGCGCUCGCAGGCGCUGAUGGCGGCGCUGCUCACAACCACCGUUGGAGUGAGGCUGUCGAUAUGCGCAUCUGCCCCACCACGCCCAGCGCCUGCUGCCACCUGCGCUCCUGCCGUGGCCCUGGAUGAGGCCUACCAGCACGGGGUGCCUCGGCGACCCGUCCGCGGGCCCGCCCUCACCCGGCCGCGCCGGCCGCCGCGGGGCCCUGCGCCGCGCGAGCGUGGCGAGGCGCCGCGGCGCGGCCGCGGGCCCUCCGAGCCUCGCCGACACGGUCCGAAAAGCCUGCCAGCCGCAGCCGGCUCCCCCGCACGAGGCACCUGGCAGGCUCCAUCCACGUCGCAUCCUGGGCGUGCCUCCCCACGCCACGAAAAUAUGGUGCCUGUGUAUUUUCUUGUGGGGGACUCCCUCCGCGGCUUGUUUUGAGCAAGGACCGACCGUCACGGCAUUCCUAUAGGCCUACCACGACAUG